AUGCCCAAUAAGAACACAUUUCUAGCAGCGUUGAUAGCAAUGAUAGGGACGAUCAAUUUUGGAUUUGUGUUUGAGUAUUCCGCUCCUGCUAUUCCUCAAUUGAUGGCGAAUCACAUGGGUGCACUGCGAUUAGAUGAGAAUUCAUCCUCAUUAUUUGGUGCUUUACCGCUACUGGGAGCUCUAAUAGGAAGUUUCUUUGGUGGCUAUCUUGUAGAUAUUUAUGGUCGACAAAGUGCUAUAAUUUUCUUAUCCAUACCUUCAUCGAUUGGUUGGGUAGCAAUCAUGUACGCUCAGAGUGUCACAUCGUUGUACAUUGGUCGAAUCCUCACCGGCAUUUCCGUUGGCAUAGCAUCCAUUGCAUGCUCUGUUUAUCUUUCUGAAAUCGCACCAGCUUCCAAACGUGGCAUGUUUGGUGCUUUCCUUCAAGUUGGAGUGACUGCUGGUGCUACCAUUGGUGCUGCUAUAGGCAUGUUGGUUAGUUGGAAUUUCUUAGCCGUUGCAGGUCAAGUUAUUGCUACUAUCCUGGCGUUCAGCAUGAUGUUUAUGCCAGAAACUCCUCGUUGGCUGAUAUCCAACGGCUAUGAAGAGUUAGCUUCUGACACAUUAAGAUGGUUACGAGGACCGGAUGCUAAUAUUAAUUAUGAACUAGAGGAAAUAAAACUCGUCAAAAAUACGAAAAAUGUUGGCUACUCAGAACUUUUUUCCCCUAGUAUUCGAAAGCCUUUUUUAAUCAGUAUAGCAUUAACUAUUUUCCAACAGGCUACUGGUAUAAAUCCUGUCAUGUUCUUUUGCACUUAUAUUUUCGAAAGAGCUGGAUUUAAAGAUAGUGAUGUGGUAAAUCUUAUUGCUGCUACAUCUCAGCUAGUUUCUAGCAUUAUCGGGUAUUUUCUAGCUGCCCGAUUCGGUAGGGUGGUUUUAUUGUCAUGUGGAAGCGUAGUGAUGUCGUUGAGCAGUUUUACGUUUGGGCUUUACUUUCACCUACUUGAUACUGCAUCUCUGAACCCUAGUUGGCUGGCGUUGGUUAGUGUAUUUACAUUUUUUAUGGCUUUUAAUUGUGUAUGGGGCUCAAUACCGUAUCUUGUUAUGUCGGAAGUCCUACCAUCACGAGUACGCGGUAAAGUAGGCGGUAUCUGCGCCGGAAUUGGUUGGACUGGGGGAUUUCUAGUCAGCUAUGGAUUUCUACCUAUAGGUGAAAUAAUUUCUAUACAAGGUGUACUUUGGAUAUUUUCUGGAUUUAACUUUCUCGCCGCAAUAUUUGUAUAUUAUUUUGUACCUGAGACCAAAGGUAAGACAUUAGAAGAAAUUGAGAUUUUCUUUGACAGUAACAAAUCUGUCAGUCGAGCAACUGAGGUAUGA